CCAAAGAACAAAAGGAAGUUUAUUGAAAAGAAAAAUUCUGUAACUUUCCAUGUGGUACACAGAAGUCAGCAUGAUCCGCUUGUUACUGAUGAAACAGCACCACAAAAUGUUUUGGUGCCUCAACAGCCUACUCAAUCAAAAGGAAAAAAAAACAAAGAUGAAGAAGCUAAAUAUGGGAUAUAUUUUGAUGAUGAUUAUGAUUAUUUACAACAUCUUAAAGAAUGUCGAUCCAAUGAUUUUAUAUUAUUGCCUGCUCCUGCCAACCAUAAUAAUGAAAAGAAAGAAAAACCUAAAGUUAUGUUACCCUCUUCAAUAUUUGAGUCUGAAGUUGAAGAAAAAGUGGGCUUAUUAAAUAAAGCCGCUCCUCAAUCUGGUCUACGUUUGGAUUUGGACCCAGACAUUGUUGCUGCAAUGGACGAUGAUUUUAAUUUUGAAGAUCCAGAUAAUGAAUUGGAAGAUGAUUUUGUGAUCAUGGCAAAUCAGCCUGGAUCAGAUGACGAUAUCAAUGAACUAGAAGACAUAAAUGAAGAAAGUGAUAGUUAUGAUAGUGAAGCAUACGAUGAUAUUGGUAGCUUAAACAAUGAAGAUACCAAAUCUCGUUUUACAGAUUACUCAAUGUCCAGUUCUAUUAUUAGACGAAAUGAUAAUUUAAAAUUAAUAGAUGAACAAUUUGAACAAAUGUUUGCUGCAUAUGAUGAUGCAGAUAUUGGUGCAUUAGAAACUGAAGAAAUUGAAGGUACAUUGACAAUGGAAUCUGAUAUGUUGAAAAAAGCUACUGAAGAAUUUGAAUUAAAUUCGAAAAGGGAUGAAAUACCUACUGAUAGAACAGCUGCUUUGAUAUUUGACAGCGAUUCUGAUCAAGAAGAACCUACUUACAAACUACCUGUUGAAAACCAAGAUGUAAAAAAAUGGGAUUGUCAAAGCAUUAUUUCUACAUAUUCUAAUAUUUACAAUCGUCCUGCUCUUAUCAAAGACCCACCAAUUCAGAGAAUAAGAAUAAAUCCUAAAACCGGUGUUCCAAUAUUACAACAAAGGCUUACAGCACAUGCAUUAAAAUCCUUAGACAAUAAAGAUGCGCCAAAAUCUGAAUCUAGAUCAGUAAUAUCAGCUCUAUCUAUGUUGUCAAUAAGRCCAAAAGAUGAAACACCCGAAGAAAAACUAAAGAGGAAAAAAGCUCUCAAAGAAUUUAGACAGGAAAGAAGAGUAGAAAGAAAAGCUAACAGUUUGGCAUUUAAAGAACAGAAGAAAAAGAUGGAAAAAGAAUUGAUCAAUAAAAAUGUUAACAAAACUGUACGUGUAAUAUAAAAAUUAAAAAUAAUAUUCUGAGA